AUAUAUACGUAUAAAGUCUUUUCCCUUGAUUCUAUUUUAUGACAAUUUGUUUUGGUUGAAUCUAAUUCUAUUGAGCUUGAAAAUAUGACUCAAGCUAGGCCUCCAGACGAAGAACAGUUUACAUAUGACCCAAUCAUCUUUAAGGCAACUGAUAAGUUGAAAAUCAAGCUAUCACAGUUGAAGUACUUUACCUUCACACUUAUAGGUGUUGCGCUCUUAUGGCCGUGGAAUUGUUUUUUAUCAGCUUCGGCCUAUUAUGCCGAAAGGUUUGCCCAUAGUCCAUCUUUGGUCAAGAUGUUAUCAUCCACUAUAAUGACGGUGUCCAGUAUUAUUUCUACACUUUUCAAUUUUUACUUAUCACAAUCUCAGCAGGGGGUUAACUAUAAUUUGAGAUUGAACUCAGGAUUGAUUUUGACGAUCAUUGUAUUUCUUAUUAUGGCUGUUUCAUGUGUUAGCGAUUUCUUCAUCAAAAUGAAGGAUCAGAUUUUCUUUGUAACCUUGAUUACCUUGGUCUUGAUAUCAGCAAUCGCCACCUGUUUUGCUCAGAAUGGAACCAUGGCAAUAGUGAAUGUUAUGGGCCCAAUAUACGCCAAUGGAGUGAUGGUUGGUCAAGCUAUUGCUGGUGUAUUACCAUCUGUUGCAUUAAUAGUUUCAAUUCUCCUAAUUGGCGAUAAACCAAAAGCAAUUAUAGAUGAUUAUGAAUAUGUCGAUAAGAACUUUGGUGUCUUUGUAUACUAUAUCACAGCAACUUUAAUAUCCAUAGUUUGCAUGGCAUUGCUUUAUUUAACUAAUCAUUAUCGUACCGAAUCAGCCUACAGCACAUUGAAUCAAAUGGUUGAUCUGCCUUUAGAUGCUGAAGACCCCCCAGAAGAAACCCCGGAAAUUACUCAAACAAAGUUUGUUUCCUUCUGGGUUUUAUGGUCCAAAUUGAAGUUAAUUGUACUGACAAUCUUUCUUACAUUCAGUAUCACUCUAAUUUUUCCCGUCUUUGCUUCUAACGUCAAACUGACAAAUGCUGCUUCAUCCAACCAUGUAUUUUUCCAAGAUAAAAUAUUCAUCCCUUUUAUUUUCUUGAUGUGGAAUUUGGGUGAUCUAUUAGCUCGAGUUAUCUGUGGCUGGAAGAAUUCAAUUCUUCUUAUUAAAAAUCCCAAAGUUCUCUUCAUUUACUCACUCUCGAGGUUGAUAUUCAUUCCUUUAUUUUUAACUUGUAAUAUCCAUCCCUACACUUCUGCAGAUGAAUCCAGUGCCUUGGUUAAUUCCGAUUUAUGGUACAUUUUCCUACAAUUACUUUUCGGUUUAUCCAAUGGUCAACUAAGUACAUCUUGCUUCAUGAUUGUUGGUAGUUUCUGUGAUGAUGAUGACGAGAAAGAAGCAGCCGGAGGCUUUACAACUGUGUUCCUCAGUACUGGCUUAGCUUUUGGUAGUAUUCUAAGCUACCUUUUAGUAUUAUUGAUAGAUUAGUCCAUUUUAUUGCACAAAACAUAUUAUAGCCCCAGA